CUGAAGGUCGAGUUGUUUUCGACAAUCGAAAGGAAGAACUCGAACGAAAUAAUCGAUAGUUUGAGGCCAAGAUUUUUAACUCUAUUAGCGCAUUCUAAACUGUAGAGAAUGGAUUUCGAGAGUCCAGAUGUAGAAAAAGAAUUUCCUGGAUUAUAUGCUUCAGAAUCAGCCAAAAAGAGUAAUGAAAGUGACUUUAGUGAUGAAGGUGGACAUGAAAAACAUUCUAAAAAAGAACUCCUUGGCGGUAAACGGAAAGAAAAGAAAGAUCGAAAAGAUAGAGGAUAUGCCACCUUAGAGGGUGAAAGUUCUCCUGACGAAGAUCAGGAAACAAAAAGUCCUUCAAAGUCAAAAAAAACCAAAGCUUUCAAAUUUCCAUCAAAAAAAGAAAAACGUGAAAAAUCUAGAGAAAAAGAGGGCAAAGAAAAAGAUGGUGAAAAGGAAAAAGACAAAAAGAAAAAGGACAAAGAUGAAAAAGAAAUAGAGAAAGAAAAACGUAAAGAGAAAGAGAAAGAUAAAGCAAAGCUAAAAUUAAAGGACCGUAAAAAAGGAAAACACAUUGGGGAAGAUGGAUUGGAUAUUGGGGAAGAGCAACCAGUAUUUGGUGUCAGCCUUCAUUUAGCGGUGGAAAGAAGUCGUUGUCAUGAUGGUGUUGAACUACCUUUAGUUGUAAGAGACUGCAUUGACUUUAUAGAAGAACAUGGAAUGAGUGUGGAGGGUUUGUAUAAAGUUCCAGGAGUGAAAUCAAAAGUUCAGUAUUUAAAAAAGUUAUAUAACCAUAGGGAACCUGUGAAUUUACCUGAAUUUGAACCUACAGUAGCUACAAGUUUAUUGAUAUUGUUUCUUAGAGAGCUACCAGAGCCUGUUUUAGAAAGUAGUGAAAUGAUAUCUAGGUUUGAACAAGCAGCAUCUACGAAAGAUGUUGCUCAAAGAGAAGCACAAUUAGUACACUUAACUCAGCAACUUCCUAAGUGUAAUAAAAUUCUUCUUGCAUGGGUUAUAUUGCAUUUAGAUCAUGUUACAGCACGAGAAAAAACAACUAAAAUGAAUGCUCAAACCAUCUCAAUGACAUUGAGUCCUGUAUUACAAAUGAGUCAUAGAUUGUUAUUAGCUUUGUUAUUUCAUUGCAAAGCCCUUUUCCCAAAUUUACAAUUGACAAAAUAUGUACCACCACUUUCAUCUGGUAGCGUUAAUCUUCCAGACUCUGUAGAAAGUAUUGCAGCUGAAUUAUCAAAACAAGAAUCGUUACUGUCACAGAUACACAUGCAAAUGAACGCAGGUUUCGUUACAAAAUCACGCGAGGAACAAUUAUGGGAAGUACAACGUAUGAUAACGCAAUUAAAGAGAAAAUAUAAAACGGUUCAAAAAAUGGAAGGUGCUGCACAAAAAAGUUUAGAUGAAGAAAUAAAAUCAAAUGAUGAAACUAUAAUGGAAUCAAAUGUACAAAAAAUAAAAACAGAAGAGGAUAAUGCAGAACAUAUAAAAUCGGAAGUACAAUCGAUAUCUACAUUGACAAUGAAAAAAAAUAACAAAGUAUAUGUUUCAGACGACAAUAAAGAACUAACAAGUACAAAUAUUAUUCAAAGUGAACGAAAUGUUCAUACACUUGACAAAGAUAUUGUUGAUUCUGCUGAAACAUCUACACUUAUAUCACAAUUUAACAAACAAGAAAAUACUUCAUCAAAAGCAAAUGAAAAUGUUUUAGCAGUGGAAUCCGAACCCGAAAAUGCUAUUGACAAAUUGAGAGAAAGUUUAAUUUAUGAAGAGUUACUAAAUAUGCAAGCAUUACUCAAAUCGCGAAUAAAUCAAGAAAAGAACGAAAUUAAACGAUUAAUGGAAAUAUUAUCAGAACGUGGUCAGGAAAAGAAAAUACCAAAGGAAAGAGUACAUUCGCCAAAUGAAGCAGAGAUGACAGCUAUGAUUCAACUAAUCAAAGAAAAUCAAUUACUCGAGAAAAAAAUUACUACAUUAAUUCGCAGUAUCAUAGAAGAAAAAGAUGCUUGCAUAGAACUUCGUGUCCAACUAGCAGUUUAUCAGUUAACAGUUAAAACCUGACUAUUAAUUAUAAAAUAUUUUUAAUUUAUCUAAAAAACAUUACACCGAUUUUGAAAUUAUGUAACAUGAUGUUUUGCACAGAAUGAACAUAUAUAGUUUAUAAGAUGUUAC